GUAAGCGCUCCCAUGUCUGCACCCCAAGCUGCCACAAAGAGCGGGUCAUCCUAUAGGGCAAGUUCACAGGUUGGUUAUCCAUCUCAAAUGGGAGCUUCCGGUCAGUUUGCAUCUCAGGGAGGGAACUAUUACAGGGGGUUGCUUCCACAGUCUCAAGCUACCUCUAGUCAAUAUGCGCUUGGCUACUCCAGGCCCAUUUCCUCACCCCAAAGCACUUUCAGUCAGUCCACCAGUGCCUUGAGUUCCCGUAAACCAUAUAGCUCUGGAUCUCAGUUUGGGGCCUCUACUGGUUUUGCCUCGCAGGGAAUGAGCAGCUCUUACAGUGGUUCUGUCCAGUCUCCAGGUACCACUAGCCAGUUUGCCCCUGGGUCUCUAUCCUCAUAUCCAGGUUUAUCAUUGUCCUCACUCCAAGCUGGUCCAUCUACUACUGUUCAGGGUUCUCUGAAGCAGCUUGCCUCUACCUACACAGGCAGCUCUGGCACCCAGGCAGGAUCAUCCAGCUUCACUCUGCAGGGAAGCACUGCUUAUGGUGGAUCACGUCAGCUUCAAGAUACGGAAAGUCCAUCUGCCCCUGGGUCUUCCCCAUAUGCAAGUGUUUCACUGUCCUCCCCACAAGCUGGUCUAUCUACUACUGUUCGGGGUUCUCUGAAGCAGCUUACCUCUACCUACACGGGCAGCUCUGGCACCCAGAGAGGGUCUACUCCCUUCACCCUGCAUGGAAGCACAGCUUAUGGUGGAUCACGUCAGCCUCAAGAUACGGCAAGUCCGUUUUCCCCUAGCUCUCCAUAUGAAAGCGUAUACUGCAAAUGUGUGUUGUCACCCCAAGGUGUAGACCGUCACUCUACUACUGCUCAGAGUUCACAAAAACCGUUUACCUCUAGCUAUGGAACCCAGUCAGGGUCUUCUACUCCCUUCACCCUGCAAGGAAGUAUCACUUUUGAUGGGUCACCACAGCCUCAAGGUGUUGCCAGUCAGUCUACUAUUUGGGGCUCUCCGAAGCCACUUACCUCUACCUUUGCAGGUAACUCUGACACCCGGGCAGGGUCCUCUACUCCAUUUAUCCUGCAGGGAGGCACCGCUUAUGGUGGUUCAUCUCAACCUCAAGAUACCACAGGUCCGCCUGCCCCUGGAUCUCAUUUCUCCCAUGCAAGUGUAACCCUGUCCUCACCCCAAGCUGGUCCAUCUACUAAUGUUCAGGCUUCUCGAAAGCGGUUUACCUCUGCCUACCAGGGCAGCUCUGGGGCUUCGUUUGGGGCCUCUACAGGUUUUGCCUCCCAAGGAAUGAGCAGCUCUUACGGUGGUUCUGACCAGUCUCAAGGUACCACUAGCCAGUUUGCCCCUGGGUCUCCGUCAUAUCUAGGUUUAUUAUUGUCCUCACCCCAUGCUGGUCCAUCUACUAAUGUUAAAGGUUCUCUGAAGCGGCUGGCUUCUACCUUCGUAGGCAGCUCUGGCACCCAGGCAGGGUCCUCUACGCCAUUUAUCCUGCAGGGAAGCACUGCUUAUGAUGCAUCACCUCAGCCUCUAGAUACUGCUAGCCAGUUUUCCCCAGGGUCUCCAUCCUCAUAUCCAGGUUUAUCACAGUCUUCACCCCAAGGUGUUGCUAGUCAGUCCAGCCGGGCAUAUCAAGGCCAUUCUGUGUCCCAAAGCCAGAAGUCUCAAAGAUGGCAGCUUUCAGCUGCCUGUUGGACACCAGUUAUUCAGACCUCAGAUGCCGCUGCAUCACAGGGUAGCUCUUCAUCUCAAAGCUCUCCAAUGCAGUUAUAUUCCCUGUCAUCUGCAAGAGGCUCAUCUUCAAGAGUUUCUGCACCGGGUGGUAGCACCCGUUAUGGUGGCUCUUUCCAGUCUCAAAGCCUCUCUACAACGUAUACCCCUGGGUCCCAGCUUCUGCCCUAUGUUCCAAGUGUUGCUGGUCAAUGUACAUCUAGGAGGUCUUGA